UCUUCUUAUUUUCAUUGAAAAAUGUCCCCAAAAAUUGAUGUCUUGAUUGUCGGUUGUAUUGACUUUGCCACUGAUGUCUAUCAGGAAAUAGCAAGUAAAUACAAUGUGGAAUACUAUACUUCCAAGUCGCGUCAAGCAUUCAUUGAAGACUGCAAAUCCAAAUAUAAAGAUGUUCCUAUCAUCUAUCGUUCUCCUGAAUCUCAAGGUGUUAUUGGCCCCUUUGAUGCUGAACUUGUGUCUCAUUUGCCUGAGGCAACCAAAUACAUUGUUUAUCUCGGCGCAGGUUAUGAUUCCAUCAAUGUAGAGGCUUGUGCUAAGCGUCAAAUCAUGGUAUCUCAUACUCCUCUGGCUGUGGAUGAUGCUACUGCUGAUAUCGCUGCCAUCUUAAUUCUCAACUGUUGUCGAAAUGUAAUGGCUGCAAGCGACAAUUUGCGUCAAGGCCGCUGGCGCAAUGGUGUUCGUAUGGGAAUUGAUCCUCAAAACAAGGUACUUGGUGUCAUUGGUGCUGGUGGUAUUGGCCGUACGUUGGCGAAACGUAUGUCUGGCUUUGAUUUGAAAAAGGUGCAAUACUAUAACCGUAGUCGAUUGUCCGAAGAACUUGAGAAAGAAUACAAUCUUCACUAUGUUGAUUUUGAGACCUUGCUCAAGACAUCCGAUAUUAUCUCGGUGCAUUGUCCUCUCAAUGCUUCCACAACGCAUUUGAUUAGCUACAGAGAAUUUACGCUGAUGAAAGAUAAUGUUAUCAUUGUGAAUACUGCUCGUGGUAAAGUGAUCAAUGAAGCUGCUUUGGUCAAUGCACUUGAAAGAGGUAAAGUGUUGUCUGCUGGCUUGGAUGUAUUUGAAGAGGAACCCAAGGUUUCUCCUGGUUUGUUGGCCCAUCCUCGUUCUGUUCUUUUGCCUCACAUUGGUACAUUUACAAACGAGUCCCAAUACAAGAUGGAGAAAUUAGCCUUAGAUAAUGUUAUUGCUGCCGUAGAAAAGAAUACACUAUUAACACCUGUUCCUGAACACAAGUCCUUUUUUAAUAAAUAAGUUAUUAUUUUAUUAAACAUUAAAUAAGAA